AUGGCUCUCAACUUGACGACUUCUCGCCGGGCUUUGAGCUCGCUCAAGCCCCUCACUCGUGCCGCUUUUGUGGGAGCUCGCGGUUAUGCUACUGCUGAGCCUGACCUCAAGGCCACUCUCCGCGAGGCCAUUCCCGCCAAGCGAGAGCUCCUCAAGAAGGUCAAGGCUCAUUCUAACAAGGUCCUCGGAGAAGUCAAGGUCGAGAACACCCUCGGUGGCAUGCGAGGUCUCAAGGCCAUGGUCUGGGAGGGUUCCGUCCUAGAUGCCAACGAGGGUAUUAGAUUCCACGGCCGAACCAUCAAGGACUGCCAAAAGGAGCUUCCCAAGGGAAAGACUGGCACAGAGAUGCUUCCCGAGGCCAUGUUCUGGCUGCUUCUCACAGGCCAGGUUCCCUCAGUCAACCAGGUCCGCGGCUUCUCGCGUGAGCUCGCUGAAAAGGCCCAGAUCCCCGAGUUUGUCUCCAAGAUGCUUAAUGACUUCCCCAAGGACCUUCACCCCAUGACUCAAUUCGCCAUGGCCGUUUCUGCUCUCAACUACGAGUCAAAGUUCGCCAAGGCCUAUGAGCAGGGUAUCAACAAGGCUGAUUACUGGGAGCCUACCUUUGACGACUGCAUUUCCCUCCUAGCCAAGCUGCCCACUAUCGCUGCCAAGAUUUACCAGAACUCUUACCGUGGUGGUGGUGCCCUGCCUGCUGAGGUUGAUCUUGAGCAGGAUUGGUCUUACAACUUUGCUGCCAUGCUCGGCAAGGGUGGCAAGGAGAACGAGAACUUCCAGGAUCUCCUCCGUCUUUACCUUGCUCUUCACGGUGACCACGAGGGUGGCAACGUCUCUGCCCACGCCACUCAUCUGGUUGGAAGUGCUCUGUCCGACCCUUUCCUGUCUUACAGUGCUGGUCUCCAGGGUCUUGCUGGUCCUCUCCACGGUCUUGCCGCCCAGGAGGUCCUGCGAUGGAUUAUCCAGAUGAAGGAGGCCAUUCCUUCCAACUACACAGAGCAGGAUGUCAACGACUACCUCUGGUCUACCCUCAACUCGGGUCGUGUUGUUCCCGGCUAUGGUCACGCCGUUCUCCGAAAGCCCGAUCCCCGAUUCGAAGCUCUCAUGGAUUACGCCGCUGCCCGUCCCGAGAUCGCCAACGACCCUGUCUUCCAGCUUGUCGAGAAGAACAGCCGAAUUGCUCCCGAGGUUCUCAAGAAGCACGGCAAGACCAAAAACCCCUACCCCAACGUCGACAGCAGCUCUGGAGUUUUGUUCCACCACUACGGCUUCCACGAGACUCUGUACUACACUGCCACGUUCGGUGUGUCGCGUGGUCUCGGUCCUCUUGCCCAGUUGAUUUGGGACCGUGCUCUGGGUCUCCCCAUUGAGCGACCCAAGAGCAUCAACCUCGAGGGCAUUCUCAAGCAGGUUGAGGGUCAAUAA